UUCGUGUUCACCUUACUUACAUCCUAUAAUCUAUGGCAUUCACGUUUCAUCAACAAAAGCGAUGGCAUCAGAUCGGUGAAAAAAUUAGUACGUUUUACCGCUGAACAUAGAGGCAUUUGAGCCCUUGAUCGUCCUCUGAUCUUUCGCCUCGCGACUUGAUCCCUUUUUGUACUAUCCUAAAAAAUCCAACGACAAAAAGCUAGCGUAUGCAGCUGCUUUGUAUAAGAGGAUGUACACCACUUCUUUAGCCGUAUCUUCGGCAGAUAAGAACAAUGGCGUUCAAAUCAUUUUGGCCGUGUACGAUACACGGGCCUUCACACAGCGACAGCUUGUAUGCCCAGGGUCAGCAUUUCCCUGAUUGAACAUCAUGUAUCAGACCCUGUGAUAUGGAGGUGAAUGUUGCGGAAUAACCUGUUCCUUCUUCCGGUAGAAACGGGAGGGAGAGACGAGUGGCUGAAGGUUGAAAAGGGUCGUAUAGUAGGUGAAGCGGAUGAAGGAGAAGGAUAUGAACGAUACGGCCAUCUGCCAAUUAGGCUGUACUGCUGCGUAGACAGCAAUGGCUUUGCAAAGGAGAGAUACCAAUUGGCACUACCGACACAGCGCACGGCUUGCUUGUUGGCUAUAGCUCGUGUCUUUGCGUAUGGAUGGUGCACGACCUAUCUUCAUCAGCUGCCCUGAUCUUUAAAGGGUCGAACUUCCUUGGGAAUAUCAAGGCACGGCGGCGAAGGGUAUGCAAGCAGACAUCAGACAAGGGACAAGGACGAGUGGGUGACAGUUUGGCUUACUGCAUACGACAGAGGCCGAACCAGAGCCAGAUAUUUGACUGCCUUCUACUCAAGUGCAGCCUUUCAUCUCAGCAAUCAAAAGGAUCAUUAUCCGGCACGGUUUUCGGCUUUCCUAGACGGCAAAGAAACGUACAAGAAUGAACAAAAAAGGAUAAUAAAAGAAACAAUAAGACGUGCUUUUUACUCGCCCAUUGUUUCUCAAACCUGGCUCUAUCGAUCAACCUUGUUCUCAACUACUUUCCAAUAAUCUCCUUAGUUACUUAAACAAAAGACUUUGCCAAUUCGCAGACCAUUCCCUUUGCCAGCAACAUCUUCCAUCACUGGUUCUUCUGAUUAUCUCGAUCCGACUACUUGCAAUACCGCAAAUCCCACGCUCCUUUGUACUAUCAGUUGCUUCCACGGUAUCAGCAUCAGCAACCUCCUCCUUGUCUUUUACGCGAUCUUCCCGCGCCUGUGUUAAUCUGCUUGCUCGACUCACUUGGAGGUCGCAGCUGGCACCUGGCUUCAUCACUCCAUCUUCAAAAACCAAAGGUUUGACUAAGCGUUAUCCGUGCUGUGAUCAUAUAAGGAACAUUGUGUCAUCCGCUGGUCUAUUCGGUCUCCUUAUAAGUGUUUCAAAUUCACACUACUUUCGGAAACGCACAGUCGACGGCGUCUGUGAGCCGGGAAACGCGCAGACUUUUACGCAGGGCGAAACUUUGUGAGCGCUCGUUUUGAUUCUGGCAUCAGAUUUCAUGCCGCAUCUACGUGCGGUUUUCGGCAUAAUGUGCUGGAGCCCGACUCUGACGGGGCGAACGAGGGCUGUAUCAAGUCUCCUGGGGCCAGUGCUCCAAGCUAGCAUGGCCUCGAUUACCGAUAUGGCUUGCGGCAAUGCAGCAUCAGCGCCGUUGCUACAGAGUAGACUGGUGUGCUGCCAUGUACUGCACUGCUGUAUCCGUCUUGCUUCGAAAUGUACUGUCAGGUCUCGUCUUCGGAGAGACAGCCACUUCUACGGAAUGACUGCUGACUUCUGCCUCUCCGCCUUUGCCUCUUUCUCCGGCCGUCCUUCAAUCCUCAACGCCAUAUCACUUGGCUGUGAUCGGGAUUUGGGUACAUUUUGAUUUUCAUAAAAUACAUCACAUCGCCUCGCCUCACCUGAUCGUGCCUUCUCCAACUGCCCUCGCAUAUUCAUCUCCACCCUGUUUUCCGGUUUCGGUGGUCGUCGACCAAUUUUAACCACUAACUCUCUCCACAAUCAUCGCUCGACCCUUUUAGAUAAGUUGGCUUUUCAGUGGUGCCAGUAUAUCAUAUAUCACUGCCAGCACGUCCGCCAACCUUCCUCCACCUCUCCAUUUCAAAGCCGUCUCCACAUUCGCUAUUGUGUUCGUCAUACACGAGGCAAGCCAUCUCCGAGCGUCUCCAACAAAAGCAAGCAAAUUUUUACCAUUAUCUCUUGGCUGAUCAUCCACCGGCAUCACUUCUGCUACACAUCGCUAUACUCGACGUAUCCAAGCUCUGCAUAUCUGUCUCGAGCCUGUUAACUGGACUAUUGUUUAUUCUCGAUUCCGUCUUGCUGCUUGUUGCUACAUCAAAAGAAAAUUGGCGAUUUCUGUCAAGCCAGUUUUAGCUCGAAAAUCGAAAUCAAAAUGGACGUUCUUGACCUUGUCAACGACCACAACCAUGUUGGAGCCGGCCACAGUGUCCAGGCCCGACCUUAUGUCUGCACUUUUGGUACUUGUGACAAGGCGUUUGCCAGAAAAAGUGAUCUUGCAAGGCACUUUAAGAUUCAUACCAAUGACAGAGCCUUUGUCUGCACCUAUCGCGGUUGUGGCAAAUCUUUCAUCCAGCGAUCAGCGUUGACAGUUCAUUACCGUGUCCAUACCGGGGAACGACCUCACCAUUGCGAGACCUGUAACAAAGCAUUUGCGGACUCGAGCUCGCUCGCGAGACAUAGGCGUAUUCACACUGGGAAACGUCCUUACACCUGCCACGCUGCUGGUUGCGGAAAACCUUUCGCUCGACGCAACACCUUGCUCAAACAUUUCAAGCGGCAGCAUCCAGGACUACCUCCGCCUUCUACUGCUGCCCAGCGUACCUCUAUUCGAAUGCCUAUUCAGUCUCUUGGUCCAAGAUCCUCCACUGCGUCUAUGUUGUCCCAGCAAUCAUUCAACUCCAACGCUGACCGCUACACCGCUAGUCCUUCCAAUGCUGGUACCCCCCACGGCUUCGCCGCUCCCCACCCGCCGGAGGGAGCGGCGUACGCCUUCCAUGGCGGGUUCCCCGAACAGGUACUCGGAGGACAUCCAAGUGCCCAACAGCCCAUCAUCUUUCAAGGAUCUGGAGGUAUCCGACCUCACUUGCAACAAUCCCCGGUCCCUCCCGGAUCCGUCAGCCUCACCCCAGUCUCUACUUCUGGACCCCAUUUUGCAGGUGGGUAUGGUACCCAGACGCCAACGAGCCCAGCGCACCAUGACCGAGACAAGCACGGUAUCUCCCCAGUAUCUUCAAUCGCAACGAAUAGCUUUGGUUCCGGACAGUACGCUAGCCCGCUCUCUGCCUACCCGCAUGCAAGCAGCUAUCCGCUUACGCGCAUCACAAGCGAUUCAGGAAUAAUCUGGCAUAGGUCACUCUCAGCUCCAGAAGAACCUCGUUAUGAGGCUUCUCAGUGGAGCGGCGGCAAUGUCGGGGCUGGUUUCCAUGCAUCACAAUUAUCCAUGCCCCAGACACCAACCCAUCUCUCGCCAUCUUACCCCUACCAUCUACCUAUGCAACAAAGAUCGGCCACCAACCCUCUUCCCAAGACUAGGCAGCUGUAUUCUCCUUCUUGUCAUGGUUCAGAUGAUGAGCGGGAUGAACCUCUCGUAUCUCUACCGGACGCCCACCCUACCUUUGCCAUCCAUCCUCCCCAGGGCAUUGUCAGCGUUCCUAUGUCCAGCAUUGAAGGUUCCAACAUCAGCCACAUAUCGAAUCAUGGGGGCCAGAUUCUGUUCGCUCCAUCUCAGAACGGUCCACUCCACAGCGCUCCACCCGCUAUUCAGCGUUUCAAUUCUAUGCCAGCGGUGCCAACUAUGAGCUCCUGGGGCCAAAUUCCUCAAUACCAGACUCAAAGUGUCGGCAGUGCUAAAAGCGCAGAUGAGGAGUGGGAGGAAUUGCAGAAGGAGAUGCUCAGUCGGGAGGCAUCAGUCGGGACUGACAAGGAAUUGAGUCCUGCUACCGAAGAAGGGAAAACCCCCAAGGAUGGUGAAUCCAUCAACCACUGGGGUGAAGCCAUUGCAUAUCCAGUGCACCCCCAUCUGCAACAUGCCAAGGAUCCGUUCCAUUCAACCUCUUCCACCUUUAUUGAUCACAUGCACAGCAGCGAUCCUCUCCCUCCUAUCCACGUUUUCUCCAAUCAACCUCACCACAUGGUUCUCACUCCUAUCAAUCCCAAUGGCAUGUACCCCACCCCCAUUACGCCUGGUGAAGAGUGGGCUCAACGUCACAUCAAGCCUACUGCAAUGCUUGGCCGUGGAUAUCCUCGGCAACACAUUGACGUAGAGAACAAAGAAAAUGGCAAUGAAAUCGCCGAGCAUAUCACCCUUACUACGCCUCCCAAAUAUCAGGGACAUCGCAAGGACAGCCGAUCCGUGACUGCCGUUGGCUUAGGGAUUGCCAAUGUUCAUUUUACCGAGCCACAAGCGAUUGAAGCGGGCGAUGCGUCAGAAGUGAAAAUGGAGGAUCUUGAGAGCGAAGAAAGUGAUGUGACUCCAGAGGACGAUAGCGACGAUGAAUUUGUGCUUGGGAGGAAACCGAGAAGGAGUGCAAGGAAGGGUGGUGUGAGGAAGAGGGGAUCUAGAACCGCCACAAAGAGAAGACGUUCGUAACGUUAAUCCAAAGUAUUGACUGGUCCUUUGCCAUAUACCCAUCUCAUGAUUCGCCAUACGGUUUUAUAUCUCACAAUUGUUCUCCUUUACGAGCUGUCAGAUCACGACUUCGGUGUCAGGAAGGAAAAAGAAAAAAGAGAAGUAGUAGUAUAUUCGCCUGUUACUCUAAUUCGGCCUGAGCUUCAUACGUUUUUAAUAGCUUGUUAGCUGCGCUUGGCCUAGUCUUCAAGUCUAUCUUUCGCAUCACCACAUUUUUCCGCAUUUGCCACAUGUUAACGCUUGCAUCGGCCGUUCCCUUCGUUAGUUGAAGAUUUUUAUGUGCCUAUUUAUACGAUUUUUGACGACUCAUUUUUACGCUGUGUUAUAUGAUUAUUGUUUGAUAUACGAUAACUGAGAGACGUUCCAAAAGACAUGCCAGAGUUACAACCUUAAUAUACACAGGACUGAUACAGCCAACACCAUAUAUAUAUACAUGGGACGCAUAUGGUGGAGACAGAUAAUAAAAUAGCGAUGAGUGAUUGUGGGUAAAGUUGGAUCAAACGAGGUAAUACCGAUCUCCAACAUGGCCCAUGCCUUUACUGCUGAUGAGCGUGGUCUUUAACAACGACGACAAUGGCAUACUCACCUGGGGAAAUGACCCAUGCCCUCUUCUCUCCUGUUGAUGAAUAUGUCCUUUUAUGCUUUCUAGAAAAUUUCAGUUCCUCUGUUCCCUUCAAGAUGUUCAUCUUGAAACCAUCCGCAGCCAGCUCCUCAUCCGUCUUCAACAGAUCUUUCACAUUAUCCCUCUUCCCGUCCUCUUCAUGUCCUAACUGAUCGACUAGCCUGAUCGCGAAAUCACCCUCACCAGCCGCCUCGCCAAUAAUGAGACUUCCUGGCAUGUAGGAAAUCUUCACCUCGUCCAGACCGGGGUCAAUAGCCGCCGUAACGAUCUGAAUAUUAGGGAAUGCGCGGAGGACAGAAUAUGAGGCUGAGCGAGAGAUGAGGUAUGUAAGGAAUAUGAUACGGUUCUGAGAAAUGCCAUGGUCAAGGAGUACGCGAAUGGCCAUCACUGAUAUCCCCUCAUAUAUUAACUUCAUGCUUAUACUGGGCGGAGGAUAGAACUCACUAGCAGCCGCACCCGUACCCAUCUGCGAAUCCAACAGCAAACAUCUGACAUCUCCAUUUGUCUUCCGCGAUCUCAAGCAAUGAGGGAGAUCACUUUUCAAUAACAAUGGCUCGCCAGUCUUGGGAUCGGACUGGAUGAGUAUACCGCCGAUAGGCACAUCACGGAUGACUCGACGAAGACCUUGAGAGAAUGGAAGACCAGAGCGGAGAAUGGAUACCCCCACAAGGUUCUACGGGCGAUGAGUACAGAAGAAUCUCUCAAAGAGGGAUUACUCACUUUGGUCUGGGAAACACCUUUGUAGACAUUUUUAUUCGGUGUUUUCACAACCUUGGGCUCACAGGGAAUAAGUGUAAGGGCUUUCUCCACGAUGAUGGUUGAUAAACGAUCGAUAUGGAAGAUGAACUCCUCUCGACAAGUGGUGCGAUCGCGAAGUAUUGUCAUGAUACCCUGGAAAUAGGCAGUCAACAAUGGUUUGCGGGUUGGAAUCCACCACAACACGCACACGCAGCUGGUUACUUUGCUCAAGCAAAACAAUCUGCUUGUCAAAUUUUUCCACUGAGGGAGUGCUGCUGCCGCGAUUUUCACCAAUAUCGGCUAGCACUCUACGGAACCGAAGAGAACGAGACUCGAGCUGGCGCUUGAUAUGCGAGACAAGAAGUUCGAUGGCAAGUUGAUUUGAAGACCCGGGAACGAUCUGACAAGGUUGAUAAGGGUCAAAAUUAGGUAGAAUAGGUGGGAAAGAUUUACUAUAUCGGCAUAGCGUGAUGAGGGCUGGACAAAAGUAUCGUAGCUACUUUUAACAAACCGCAAAUACUAGAAAUAGGGAUUGAGUUAUGAUCAGAUGAUGGAAGAGGUGGAAGAGUCACUUGCCUGGUCGAGGAUACCUUCCACAUCACGCCCUCGCUCCUUGAC